CAGUAAUAAAAAAAACCUAAAACACCAUUCACGCUUUCACAAAGCACAUUCUCAAUCGCAGAAAUUUUCGAGCAAGAAAACAAGAAAAAAUAAAGUUGCUUUAAUUAUCAUCUGAAACGCUACAAAAAAAAUCUUCUUUUGGCGCUCUUUGAAAUCUUUAUUUCUUUUUGUCUUCUGCUUGUUUCGGCAAUUUAGGAAAGCAAAAUGGGCAAAAAGUUUCACGCUUUCAUGUUUCCAUGGUUCGCUUUUGGUCAUAUGACUCCGUACUUACAUCUAGCCAACAAGUUAGCUGAGAAUGGUCAUAGGGUUACUUUCUUGCUGCCUAAGAAAGCUCAGAAACAGUUGGAACAUCACAAUCUGUUCCCAGAAAGCAUCGUCUUUCACCCUCUUACUAUUCCUCAUGUUGAUGGCCUCCCUGCUGGCGCCGAGACCGCCUCGGAUAUCUCCAUCUCGUUAGGGAAGUUUCUGACCGCAGCCAUGGAUCUCACACGCGAUCAAGUCGAAGCUGCCGUACGUGAUUUGAGACCUGACCUGAUCUUUUUCGAUUUUGCUUAUUGGGUUGCGGAAACGGCUAAAGAACAUAGAGUCAAGAGUGUGAUGUACUUUGUGAUAUCGGCUAACUCCAUAGCUCAUGAACUUGUCCCUGGUGGUAAAUUAGGAGUACCUCCACCUGGUUAUCCUUCGUCAAAAGUGUUGUACUGUGAGCACGAUGCUCACGCCUUGUUGACUUUUUCCAUCUUCUACGAGAGGCUUUAUCACCGGAUAACAACAGGUCUUAUGAAUUGUGAUUUUAUCUCGAUUAGGACUUGCAAAGAAGUGGAAGGUAAAUUCUGUGACUAUAUCGAGAGUCAGUACCAGAGGAAGGUUCUUUUGACAGGUCCAAUGCUUCCAGAUCCAGACAACAGUAAAGCACUUGAAGAUCGAUGGUGUCACUGGCUGAAUCGGUACGAACCCGGCUCGGUAAUAUAUUGUGCAUUGGGAAGUCAAAUCAAUCUGGAGAAGGAUCAGUUCCAAGAACUCUGUUUAGGAAUGGAGCUCACUGGUUUACCGUUUAUUGUAGCGGUAAAACCACCAAAAGGCGCAGUGACAAUCCAAGAAGCGUUACCGGAAGGGUUUGAGGAGAGAGUGAAGAAUCGUGGAGUGGUUUGGGGAGAAUGGGUGCAGCAACCAUUGAUAUUGGCUCAUCCAUCAGUAGGCUGCUUUGUGAACCAUUGUGGGUUUGGAUCAAUGUGGGAGUCUCUAGUGAGCGAUUGCCAAAUAGUCUUGCUUCCAUAUUUGUGUGAUCAAGUUCUUAACACGAGAUUGAUGACUGAGGAACUCGAGGUUUCGGUGGAAGUGCAAAGAGAAGAAACAGGAUGGUUCUCGAAGGAGAGCUUAAGUGUUGCGAUCACCUUGGUGAUGGACAAAGAUAGCGAAGUAGGGAAUCGAGUGAGGAGGAACCAUGCCAAAAUGAAGGAGAUUUUGGUUAGUCCUGGAUUAUUAACGGGUUACACUGAUGAGUUUGUUGAAACUUUGCAGAAUCUAGUCAACGAUCCAAAUCUAGAAUGAAAUAAAUUCAUUAUAAAGAAAGAACGUAACAGCUGUCACAAAUAAGGAAAUUAGCCAUGAAGUCGUGUUGUUAUUGUUUUGUCUUUUUCAAAAUUGUAAUAGAUUUGUCUUUGUUCAACGUGUCUUUUUUUAUAGAAGCAAGAAUGCGAUUUUACUUUCAUGAACAAGAUAUGUAUUAGUCUCUAUAAUUAUUUUACUUUAGUGCCAAGGAAAUAAUUUCUAGUAUG